CGCAAACUACACGCGCUAUACAUACUGGGGCCCUCCGCACGGACCGUGGAUGCCUGGCAAUUAAACUCUUGCCCCUCCUCGACGCGCUGCCAAACGCGUCGCUGCUGCAGUCCAUUGUUUGUGUGAAAUUUCCCCUCCAGACCACCAUCAUCAUUAGUCCAACACACUCGACCCAUCCGUAUCUUGUCGGAUCCUUCUUGACUUCUGCGCCUAAUCCUUGCAUCUUCGAACACGACUCACGCAUUAAUCAACCUCAAAAUCAACAUCGAGAACGUCUCCACGGGCUUGACGCCAACACUACCCAACAUGGCGGGUCAAAUCACACAGGGCGCUCUGGACGCCAUGUUCAAUGAUCCCGAUCGCGCUCAACAACAGUUCCCCGUCCCCAUCCUUCAAUGUCUCCAGAUCAAGACCCUCGACUCCAAGAAUGGGGGCGCGGGCGCCACGGAGAGGUUCCGCAUUGUGCUGAGCGACCUCAAGAACUAUGUCCAAUGUAUGAUGGCCACGCAAACAAACCAUCUCGUCCACGAUGGCCUCUUGCAACGCGGCUGCAUCGUGCGCUUGAAGCAGUAUCAAGCUCAAUGUCUCAAGGGCAAAAACAUCUUGAUUGUCCUCGAUCUCGAAGUCAUCCAGUCCCUUGGCUGCCCCGAAAAGAUGGGCGAUCCGCAGCCUCUUGGCCCCCGCAGUGCAGAACCACAGCAGAACCCCAAUCUCGGCAGCACCGGCUUCUAUGGCGUCAAGAGCGAACCUACCCAAGACACGAAACCACAGUUUCCACGCCAGAUGCCCUCGCGUAAUGCCAGCGGGGGUCAAGGAUCAAGCACGAUAUAUCCUAUUGAAGGUCUCUCGCCCUUUUCGCACAAAUGGACUAUCAAGGCCAGAGUCACCUCCAAGUCCGAUAUCAAGACCUGGCACAAGGCUAGCGGCGAGGGCAAACUCUUUAGCGUCAACUUUCUUGACGAGAGUGGCGAAAUUAGAGCAACUGGAUUCAACGACCAAGUCGACCAGUUCUAUGAUUUGCUGCAGGAGGGUCAGGUUUACUACAUUUCUACACCUUGCAGGGUACAACUUGCCAAGAAGCAAUGGUCGAAUCUCCCCAAUGACUACGAGCUCACCUUUGAGCGGGAUACCGUGAUCGAAAAGGCUGAAGACCAGACAUCUGUACCACAGGUACGCUUCAACUUUGUCAACAUCCAGGAGCUCCAGGAUGUCGAGAGGGAUGCGACUGUCGAUAUUAUUGGUGUUCUCAAGGAGGUCCAAGAGGUGACCCAGAUUGUAUCCAAGACCACACAGAAGCCGUACGACAAGCGCGAGCUGACCCUUGUUGACAACACUGGGUACUCGGUACGUUGUACCAUCUGGGGUAAGACGGCCACGAACUUUGAUGCUCAGCCUGAAUCCAUUGUGGCCUUCAAGGGCACAAAGGUCAGCGAUUUUGGUGGACGCAGCUUGUCCCUGCUUUCGUCUGGCACCAUGGCCAUCGAUCCGGAUAUUCCAGAGGCCCAUCAUCUCAAGGGCUGGUAUGAUAGCAGCGGCAGGAACAACACCUUCGCCACACACAACAACAUGCAGACCUUGGGUGGUGCGACCGGUCGCAAGGACGACGCCAAGACCAUCUCACAAGUAAAGGAAGAGAACCUUGGCACAAACGAGGCGCCGGAUUACUUCGCUCUCAAGGCAACGGUUGUAUUCAUUAAGCAGGAUAACUUUGCCUACCCUGGGUGCCGGAGCGAAGGCUGUAACAGGAAGGUCACAGAUAUGGGUGAUGGUACCUGGCGCUGCGAGAAGUGCCAGAUCAACCACGACAGACCUCAGUACCGUUACAUUAUGAGCGUCAACGUCAACGACCACACAGGUCAACUUUGGCUUAGCUGCUUCGACGACACGGCGCGGAUCAUCAUGGGCAAGUCGGCCGAUGAACUUAUGGAGAUUCGAGAGACCGACGAGACGCGGUUGACCGCAGAGUUUGAGCAGGCCAACUGCCGCAAGCUGAACUUUAGGUGCAGGGCGAAGAUGGACACAUUUGGUGAACAGCAGAGGAUUCGAUACCAGGUCAUGAGCGUGGCGCCCCUUGACUACAAGAUGGAAGGAAACAAGCUUAACGAGCUCAUCAAUUCUUACAACCAAAUGAGCAUGUAAAGGGGAGAGGGGGGUUUGUUCCCUUGUACGAGGAACUAGAUGAUGUAUAUGGUUAAUGAACAAGUGUUUGUAUUUUUGGGCAUGUGGCCUUAAGGAUCAAUGAUAUGGGCGUCACUGGCCUAUUGACUGAAAGAUGAUUUUCAAUCUCAUGAUGGACUGGGAUGGUUAAGAGCUGUGAUGGGCCGAACCCUAACAGAACUUUGUUGGCGUGGCAGCAAA